CCAAAUCGAAUAUUUCGGAAUCAGCAAACAUGGCACCGAGAAAGGAGACAUCAAACAUGGCAGCGAAAACGACAGAACCUGCUACGGAGAAAAAGCCACCAUCAGUGUUGUCCGAGUCGUCUCUUCUCUCAGACAGUGUUUCAAAACUGCAUCUGUCUUCGAAAGAGCACAACACAUCAUCAGACUGGUCCUUUCUCCCUGAUGAGCUACUCCACAUUAUCUCCUCAAAGCUACACUUACAAGACUGUUUCGAUUUUAUCCAUGCCCGAUCUGUUUGCCGCCAGUGGAGAUCCAUCUUCCCUUGUCCUACUUGGCUACUACUACACACAAUCUAUUCUCUUCCCUCUUUCAACAGGUACCCUCGCAGAGUAAAUGGAAAUUGCUCCCUCGAGAAGUUCCCUGUCUUCCUCUUCAGAGUCCGUGGUCGUGACACGUUGCCUUCUGAGUUUUUCAUUGGAGGAAUAGGACCAGAUACAAACUCAGAUGACAAUGUGGAGCUUCCAUCUCCUAUUCAGUGCUCAGUGAAGAUCCCAGGAUCUACUCCAACUUAUUUAAACGUUGCUGACUGUCAGAUUAUCCUUCUGGGCUAUACGUGCAGAAUGGUCGGUUACGAUCCUGAUUCAUUAGAUACAAGUUACAGAGCCGUGGCCUUUCUUCGUAUAAACAAGGAGGAAGGGCGAGAGUUCAUUGUCCUUAUCGGCUACGCUCAUCAUAUAUUGGCGUUAAGAAGUACCGAAAUGAGUUGGACGGAGCUUGACGGCUGCUCCAGAGCUGAUUGCAGUGAUAUCGUCACUUUCAGAGGCAAAUUCUACGCAGUCUUUAUCAACGGCGACGUAUUCGCUAUCGAUCCGUAUACUCUAGAAACGAAACCACUGAGGCCACCGGUGAUUCCGGGCUGUGUAAGACACAAUUACCUAGUUCCAUAUGGUGAUGAUGAGCUUUACCUCGUUGAGAGAAUCAUUUCUCGCGAUCGUGUUUUGAGUUUUACCAAGUCAGCGUGUAGAGUGAGUGUGUUGGAUGAAGAGGCUGGUGAAUGGAUCGUGGUCAGUGAUUUGGGGGAUCGUGUCUUGUUUAUUGGACAACCUGGGAAAAGCUCUGGAAACUGUUCUUGUUCAGCUAAGGAGCUUCCUGAUGGCUGUGGUUUAAGUGGGAGCUCAAUAUUGUUUAUCAAUGAGAUAUUUGAUGAAACUUUCCCUUAUAAAUAUGGAGUUGAUACAGGAAACCCUGAAGACGACUUGAAUGUUUGGAGAUGCUCGAGAGAGACUCGUGUGACGAUCCUCAACAAGUCUCCAAUGGUGGCUCUGAGGAUGGAGCACGCUGAGCCGUGA